UCUAGUGUUGCUGAUGGCGGCAAACGAGCAGGGAGAGAAACGCAGCGCGGAGGAGGCGGCCGGGGAGGAGCGGGUGCUGUCCCUGCUGGAUGUGUUGGAGGAGGACGACGCCCUGGAGGAUGAGGCCUGCGCUGUGCUGGGCGGGAGUGACGCCGAGAAGUGCUCCUACCCGGAGGGUUAUGUGAAAAGACAGGCGCUGUAUGCAUGUAACACGUGUACUCCCAAAAAUGAGGAGCCGGCCGGGAUCUGCUUGGCCUGUACCUAUAAGUGCCAUGAGGGCCACGACUUGUUUGAGCUUUAUACCAAGAGGAAUUUUCGCUGCGACUGUGGAAACAGUAAAUUCAAGCAGAUGGAGUGUAAACUCUUCCCGGAAAAGGAGAAUCUGAAUGCGGGAAAUAAAUACAAUCAGAACUUCUUUGGCCUGUACUGCACCUGCAAGAGACCGUACCCCGACCCCGAGGAUGAGGUCCCGGAUGAGAUGAUCCAGUGUAUCGUGUGCGAGGAUUGGUUUCACGGGAGGCACUUGGGCGCAGCUCCACCUGAACACUUGGAGUUUCAGGAGAUGGUGUGUCAGUGCUGCAUGGAGCGCUGCUCCUUCCUCUGGGCUUACAGCCACAAGAUCGGAGUCCCUGUAGUCACCAAGAUCACCCCGGCAGAAGCUGAUCAAGAUGUAAAGGUUGAGGACUGUCCAGUGGAAACCACCAAUGGCCCAGUUAUGAAGAGUGAGGAGGAGAAGGAGGUGGUGAAGAGUCUGGACGUGAAGGAGGAUCCGACGUCUCCAUCCACCAGCUGUGAACAGAAACCUGUAAAUGAUGUGAAAACAGAAGUGAAAUCUGAGGUUAAACCCUGCAGACUCCAAGAGUACGAAGAACACCAGCCACCCAGAGCAAACGUCGCCACCUACUGGCCAAGCAACUGGCGCAGUAAACUCUGCCGUUGUGACCAGUGCAUGAAAAUGUACGCGGAGCUGGAAGUCCUGUUCCUGCUGGAUGAAUAUGACACCGUUCAGGCCUAUGAGAAUAAAGGAAAAUCUGAGGAGGAGGAGCAGGAGAGAAGAGACCCCCUGAUGACGGCGCUCAGCACCAUGAACCGUGUCCAGCAGGUGGAGCUCAUCAGCGAAUAUAACGACCUGAAGACAGAGCUGACAGAUUAUCUUAAGAAAUUUGCUGAAGAAGGAAAGGUUGUCCAAACCCAAGACAUCCAGAAAUUCUUUGAAGAUCUUCGUUCUCGGAAGAGGCGGCGGCUGGAUGGCAUGCAGUAUUAUUGCAGUUAAUAGGUCCGAUUAAAUCAUACUUUAUAAACCAUGGCGGAUGUCACCCUCCCCCACCAUCAGCACGUGUUGGGUUUUAUUGUCUUUUUAUACAGACAGAAGCAGUUGCUCAGCAGCCAUCAAUAGGAUAGCAAAUUGGAAAUGCCAUACGGUGAUCAGUAAUUGACUGGAACCCCCUGUUUUUUAACUUGUCCCAUUUAUGGCAUAUCCAAGUCUAUGGUGUACAUAUAGCAGGACACACCCAAAAGCUCCCCCUGUAGAAUCAGUCACUAGGUUUUAAUUGCUUACCCCAAGGUCUGGGCUUCAUCAGUUGCCAAUAGGAAUGUUACUACCCCAGCAGCAGAUGUCCGGCCUGCGGCCCUGGAUGGGACGCAGUGUAGUGAUAUCGCGUCUUUCUGGGUGAUUAAUUGAUGCCUGGAUCUACCUUUUUUUUUUUUUUUUUUUAAUGAAUUAUGCUAAAAAACAUUUCCAGUUUUUAGGGUGUUGUUCCCCUAAACCUUUGUGUUCUCUCUUGUAGAGAUAGGGCCCCUAAUUGUCAUCAGCAGAUUCCUGUACAGGAAACCUUUGCAGCUCUCUUGGCUCGGCUGUAUCAGCUCGGCCCCCCGCUGCAGCGUUUUUAAUGAGACUCUCACUGCCCGCUGCUUGUGCUUCAUUAUGUCUUUAUGUCACUAAUCUUGUAUUUUUCAGUUUUCUUCAUAAGCCUCAUUGCAAUAAAAUAGACUGAAGACUUUCAUUUGCUCAUUGCUUACACUGCCAAUAAAAACUCAGUGUGAUGAGGAAA